AUAGCUCCAUAUAUAUAUAUAUUACCGCUGAAGACACAGCGAUUGGACUGAUAAAAUAGUGAUACUAGGGCGGCUUGAAGUUGAUGUUAGUGAUCAGUGCUGUUUGCUAGGAGUCGCAAGAUGAUGCUCCUCACCUGUGUUUUGGCAGUGGUAGCGUCAGGGUUGCUGAUAUCACACAAAAUGGCAUUGGUCUAUCUCUUCCAUGUGAUACCAGAUUCAUCAAGAACGGCAGUAUGUGAAGGUGUGUUUUUCGUGACAGAGGCCAUCACAUUUCUCAUUGGGAUGUGGCGACUGGAUAGACACGCUCUGAACACGCCCAGUGGGCUGGAAAUAACAAUGAUUGUGCUUUACGCCGUGUUUGAAAUGCUCUCCCAGCUGCUGCUCGUCGCCAACGUUUUACCCAACCUGCCAGUAUCUGUCCUCUUCCUGGCGCCACAUAUCCUUCUUCUUCUUCCGGGUCCCAUCCCUGGCUUCCAGUCAAAAAAGCCAGAUCCAGAAUACAACUCGAAAUCUGCAUUUGAUUUUUUGGACAGAAAUGGAAACGUAGCUGAUAUUCGUUCGGGAGACUUAAACUCUAAACCAAAAUCGUGGUUUUAUAGCAUACGUGACCGUUAUAUUGCCUUUUCAGAGUCCUCCUGGGUUUAUUUUGGCUUUCGUUGCUUUGGAGCGGUGUCACUGGCAGUUGUCAUGGCAACGGUGGCCUCUUUGACCUGGGAUCAGUUUAUGCUGUUUGUAUUCGGGAAGUGUGUGGUUGCUUUACUUUGGAAUCUACGGCAGUCUAAAUCCCAAAGUGGAACUCCGGAAAUGAUUAAGGAAAAAGAGGAACACCAGAAGAUGACAGUGUUAUUAGAGAGUUUUACAAAGCUUUGUGUUCUUCUGGUUUAUCGCCGUGUGACUGUUGGCACAGGAUAUAUAGAUUUCAGUUAUGUGGAUGUUGAAAUCAUUACAACUGUUUCAGUUUUGAUUUUAGUGGCAGCUUCAACAUUUCUAUUAUUCUCAACAAGCGCUAAACUCUGCUUGGAACAUCAGGUUUUUAAUGCGUCGCACGUGAUUCUGAUGUGCUUCUUCAUUGGCUACCUUAUUGUCAACAACCAUCAGCAAAAGGCAAAGUACUAUUUGACCGAGAAAAUAGAAAUCGUGAUUAUUUUUGUCGGCGUCCUUGUCUGGUUUAUCACUUGCUCACACCGGUCACUUACCCACAGAGCAAACGCCACGUUUUUACUUCCUAUCGAGAAGAUCUUCCGGUCGCCAUCUGUCAACUUUCUAUUCCUAGAACAGUUCAUAUUUCUUAAUUUGAGUCUCGAACAAGGGAAUGUCAGUUUUAUGCAAGGUGCAGAAGACUCCACGGAGCCAUUAUAUGUGUGCACUACAAUGUAUCAGGAAACUGUGGAAGAAAUCAGCAAGUAUCUAUGCAGUCUGAAAUGCAUCCUUCUUGAUGAUAUUUUAAGUGACGUCAAAGUGGAAACACACCUCGUCAUGGACGACGGUACACGCGACGGUCACUUAAGGCCGUAUGCGUCUCAGUUGAUUCAGUUGAUUCAGACGUAUUUUUCUCUUGAUAGCAGCGAUAUCCGCGUGUCUCCUACUCCUUACGGCGUACAGGUCAGGUGGCGGUUGGACGGAAGUAGAAGCAGUUCCAGCAUGUUAUUCGUACACCUGAAAGAUUCAAGGAAAAUUCGAAACAAAAAGCGAUGGAGCCAAAUCAUGUACUUCAAUUAUGUCCUUAGGUACAGAAUUAUUGGAGCUUCUGUCAAUGGCAGUAGUGACCAGAAGAACCAGGGUGAUACGAUGGACGUAAAAGAGCCGACUGGCUACGUGUUAGUCACGGACGCUGACAUGGAGUUUACAGCUGAAGACAUCCGGGCCUUGCUGUGGUCGUGUCACCUAAACCGGCGUCUAGGAGCUAUCUGCGGCUUAACUCAACCUAUAGGACACACGGCCAGUGCACUGGUGUGGUUCCAGCAGUUUGAAUACGCCUUUGCUCACUGGUGGGGAAAGUCGACGGAGUAUACACUGGGUUCUGUACUCUGCGCUCCUGGCUGUCUGUCACUCUACAGGGCGGCAGCACUCCAUGACGUCAUCGAUGAAUACAGUUCACACGUCACUUCCGGAUAUGAAAGCUUAUUGAAGGACAUGGGAGAAGACCGCUGGAUGUCUCUUCUAAUGAUGAGCAAAGGCUGGGAAGUGGGCUACAAUGAAACCUCCACCAACAAAACCUUCUGUCCGGAGUCGAACGACGAGUUCUUCGCUCAAAGAAAGCGCUGGGACCUCUCCAUCUUAAGUAACACUGUGUUGUCUAUUGCAAGAUACCUGACGCUGGCGGAUGCCAACUCCAACUUCAAUGUCUUCUUUUUUGCCUAUUCACUCACACUGCUACUGAUGCGAAUCGUUUCUCCAGCGUUUUUCAUGUUCCAAAUGGCUCUUGGUCUAAAUGCUCAGGGGAUAGACGUGACAGUUGGUGUGAUAGGUGUGAUGACGAUGUGUACUGGAUAUGCUGUGCUGUGUUUGUUGACAAGACACAGGUGCUCUGUACAGAUUCGGGCCACCACAUUCCUUGUAGUCUUCAUCUCGCUCAUGUUUGUGUGUCUCGCCGUGGAAAUGGCCUUCGAUAUUCAUGGCGGGAGUUUUGCAACUGAUUAUCAAAGUGGGCAGAAUGACAACAGCACUGGGCAAAACAUCAACAAAACGUGGCCACAAGAUGACCAAAUUAUGAGAAAUCACAACAAAACACCGCAAAUAGGACAGAUGCCAGUGCAUUGGAUCAACAUCCUUAUCUUUCUGAGUCCGUUCCUGUUUUCGGUAUUGUUGCACCCGGGCCAUUGGUCCGUCAUACUGCGAGCCAUUCCUCAUUUUAGUCUUCUUCCGGCCUUGCAGAUACUGCUGCCGAUUUACAUGUAUUGCAACAUGGCCGACCAAAGUUGGGGUACGAGAGAACAGAACCGGCCGCGAGAUGUCCCCACCAUCUGUCCAUUAAACCGCCCCGAGUCAGAAAAGAUCGACUGGGACACCAAAAAUGAAGAAAAAGUUGACAUGAAAGAAGAACUCGAGGUCACGUGCUCUUGUCAUGUACAAUAUUUAAAACAGUUGUCCGAUAACGAAACGGAAUUCUGGGAAACAUUACGCAACACAGUUAUUGGGACCUCAACCGAGUUCGGAUUGAGUGGGGACGAGAUUGGCAAAGACUUGGGUAAAUUACGUAACAUCCUGUUACCGGUUGUCAUGGCAAUUAACAUCACGUGGUUAAUAGCGGCAGUGGUGACUAAGAAGACAGGCGGCUCAGAGGUGUUCACGUGGACAUGUGGUGUUUUUGUCACUGUGGGCAUUAUUCAAGUGAUGUCCAUGGUGGCGUGCAAGAUACAAUCUUUUACUGUUCGGGCAGCUCUACGGACAGACGAGGAGAACGCCAGAGGAAAAGCUAUAUGGAUUAGGCCAUAGGAGUCAU